CGAGAAAACAACAGAGAAAAUUCAGCCGCAAGGUGUCUGGUUGCCCGAUCUUGAACCGGCAAAUCUAAUCCCUGACUGGUGUGACACUAUGAGAGGUUGAUGUUCCCACAGUGGCUCCUCUACAUGACAAUCUCAACUGUGGGCUAUCGACUUUCGGAGAGCUCAAGUCCAACGGGUGGAGACUCAGAGAUCGAGUUGACUCCGAAUCGCCAGCCAAACUUCAGCUCUCUCGCAGACUACUCAUCUUCGCCACAACUCCAUGACCGUCAAGCGCUCACCGCUGGCCCAAUCCUGCUGCCCCCUGCUACUAUAAUCUCAAGUAACUAGCUUUCUUGCUCCUACGACAAGUGACUAUCCGGUUCUAUAGCCUCGCAGUUGUCAUGUGAUGAGGGAAACGGGCAUGGAUGGCCCAGUGUGGGAUCGACCGUCUGACGGACCGUCUGACAGACCAUCUUCAGACCGCAGACCGACCGACCGGCAAUUGUCAUCAGACCGACAGACCGGAGCUGCUGGUCGGAUUGGGUGGU